AUGCCUCUCGCUGACGCGUGGGGCCCGGUGCGGAAACGGCGCCCGUUCCUCGGCCUCCGCGCCCGCGAGCCGGUGCAUGGCUGCCUGCGCCCGGUGGACGGUGGUGGUGGUGGGAUCAAAUGCGCCCGGUUCGGAACCCCGACGGCUGCGGUCGCGACACGGGCCGGGGCCGGGGCGAGGCCGGCGCUGGUGGUGGCCGGGGACGCGGCGGCGAGCGGGGCCGCCGCCGCGUGCUUCUUCUUCGUCGGCUUCUUGCUGGGCGCGGGCGCGGCGAGGAGGACGGGCGCCGGGGCCGGAGGCGACGACGACGGCGCGGGGGCCGGGGGAGGGAGCGCCGGCGCGGGGACCGGCGGGGAGGACGCGGCGGCGGGCGGAGGAGCGCUCACGCUCACGACGGGCGCCGGCGCCGUGGCCGCGGGCGGCAAUGCGGGCGGCUGGGAGGAACUAAUGGGGGCUGGAGUGGGCGGCGUGGGUGGGGACGGGGUGUGGCUGGGCGCUGGGGAGGCGACCGGGGAGGUUAGCUUGCCGCCGGCGUGGGACUGGGACGGGGACGCGGCGGGCGAGGUGGAGAUGGGGAUGUUGUUCUUGGAGGAGGACGGGCUUGGAGCGUUGGCGGCGGUAGAUGAGGAGGAUGAGGUGGGGGAAUGCGCGGCGGAGCCGGAGCGGGAGACGGACGGCGCGGCGGCCGGUGACUGGGACCAGGCCGCGGUGAUGGCGGCGGCGAGGAGGAGCAGCUGGAGUUGGCGGUGA